AGUUUUAGUCCCUGUAAACCUCUCAAUAUCUUCUUUUUUACUUCACAUAAAAGCAAUAAUAUGGAAGGCGAAAAGUGUAGCCCAUGGCCAUUCAGAAUCAAGCUCACAAUGGAUCAUUUGCGGUGGGAUAGCCUCAAGAUUUCGCCCUUAAAGGAAUUUGAGGAACAGAUUAUAUCAAUCCUUGAGGAAGAUAACCGGAAAGCACUAGAUGCAGGCAGGCCUAUUCAGGUACAGAUAUAUGAUAUUGAUACAAAUGAAACACAUGAGGUCAAUUUGGUAAAGAAGCAGGCCUUUUGGUUUGAACCCUUUCCUGAUAUUGGGCAGAAACCAGAAAAGAGAAAGGGAGAAGAGUUUGCUUAUUCUCUUGAACCAUUCAAGCAUAUUGCAAAGAAAAGAGAUCUCAGUCGUGGAAUGGAGAUUGGUUUUCGCCAGUCUGAUGCCAAAACCAGCAACAAACUUGAAUUCCCAAUUUUAUAUGCAGCCAAGUUGCACUUGAGGAGUUGGGAGGAUGCUGCAGGAAAAGAAAGAACCCAACCCAAACUGUCUGGGUUAAAAAGUGAAGAGAAACUGAGUUUUGCUUAUUGCAGGAGGCUGUUGGGUCAUGAAAGGUGCUAAAGAGGGAAAAACAAAGUAGUCGCUGCCAUAUUUUGUUUUUGGCCUUUCAAAUAUUUUCCCUCCCUGUUUAGUACAGAUAUGCCCUGCUCUCCGUAUGAAAUAUAUACCAACCUAGUUUCAAGAUGGGAAGAGCAUUCGCUUCAUAAUGGCUAAUAGUGGCAUGAGGUUCUUGUUGAUAUUUGAAAUAUUGUAUUUAUUGCUUUUUUUAAUGUGAUGGGCUGGAAUAUUCUUUACAUUUUGGAUUUAAUAAAAUUUGCAUUUAAAA